AGGUUGCAGUCCGUGCAACUUGACUCUUGGAAGACGAUGCAGGGAAGACUCGAGGCCGCCGGAGAGGACUCCGCACCUCAAGGAAAACAGCCAGACAGAAAUAAUGCUGGAUUAUAAUCGGAUCAAACACCCGACGAAGACACUGAACGCUCGCCGUAUGAAGCAGACUAUGGAUGUUUAGAGUAAGGCGGCUCGAGUAUCCGCUUUUACAUCCCCAUCCACCGGACGCUGGUAGCCGACUUCCCGGCUUGCUAGCCCGCAGUCCUUCAAAAUCUCCGCUUCACAAUCACGGAUCUCCUCUGAAUUUUUUUUUUUUUUAGCAGCAUUACGAAACAUAGAAGCAUCGAAGGGGCUGGCUUGAACAUACAACGCCCGCCUGCCUUCAUUACAAUGAAGGUGUAACCUGCUAGUCCUCUAUUUCACAUCUGACCGCUGGGAUCAAGCUAGCAUCAUCUGGAGUUGGAUGCUGGGGCGGCUCUCCCAGCAUCCCUGCCCGCGCCGCUGCACCGGAAUGCUAACUAACGGGGAAAUGGCUUUAACAUGACCGCAAAUCCUUCGCCUCUCAACCGCCCAGCACUUCUAGGUGCCACACGGACACUUUAGAUGCCAAAUGUGAUGACCGCCGGGAGCUUGCAUCAUGCCUGUGGCUGGCCGCGUCUGUCUCCAGCCUUGCGGAUGACACUCGCACAGGUACCGGCGGUUCAAAGUGAGCAGCGGCGGCGCGCACACACCGUUGCCGGGUAACGCUAAGAGACUUGUCCCGAGCUAGCUAGCGCCGAGCUAGGCGGCUAACAGCACAAAAUAAAUUUAAAAACACUCACAACCAAUACCAAUGGUUUCCCAUAAAGUUUUAGUCGCAAUAAUCUUACUGAACGUGUAUAUAGGUGUACAGUCAGUUUUUUACUUAUUCGGCGGCGUCCUUUUAACCGUCCUCUUUGCUAUGGCAUUUUUAAACGGACCCAGGCUGCUGGACUGGGCGAAUUCACCUCCACAUCUUCAGUUCAACAAAUACGUCCUAACGGGAUACCGGCCAAUCUCCUCCGUGCAGGACUGCAUCAGAAGCUUGUUUUACCUGCACAAUGAACUUGGAAACAUAUACACUCACGGCAUUCCUCUGGUUUGCUUCCUGGUGCUGCUGCCUCUUAACAUCCCCUGGUCUCAGAUCAGCGUGACGUGGUUAGGCGUGGUGCACUUCCUGGCCUGCCUGUCACCUCAGCUUGGCUCUGUUCUCUACCACCUCUUCAUGAACCAUGAGGGAGGGGAACCAGUCUACCACACCCUCCUCAAGCUGGACGUGUGUGGAAUCUGCAUGAUCAACACGCUGGGAGCGCUGCCAAUCGUCUACACCACGCUGCUGUGCUACCCAUUCAUCCGCACUGUGGCCCUGUUAGUCUACAUCCUGCUGUCCAGCCACGCCAUCUACUGCGCCGUCACAGCUCGGAGCAGCGUUCGGCGGUUGCGCUCCUUUGCCUGGCAAGCGCUGUUUCGCUUCUCCUUCUUCCUGCUCCGCUGGGUAGGCCUGGGUGGCGGCAGUCCCACCUCGCUACGCCACUUUCUCAUGAUGGACGCACUGGCCGUGCUGGGCGGGGUCAUCAACAUCACGCGCAUCCCGGAGCGCUUUUGGCCGGGCCUCUUUGACUACUGGUGCAACAGCCACCAGAUCAUGCAUGUACUGGUGGUGAUCUCCAUCCUUUACCUGCACUGGGGCGUGCUGGACGACCUGCUGUGGAUCACCAGCUACGACUGUCCCUCAGAUUGACCCACACAGCAGCCCCCCCCCCCAGCCCCUAACAAGGAGCACUGGAACAUACCCCACUAAAAGACUUCAGGGGGGAGGGGGGUGUCUGGAAAGGGAUGGGUAAGGACAGGGGAUCAUGGGAACUGAUGCUGUGCAUGUGUUCACUUCAUAUGCUCAAACUCAGAAUGUUCAUAUCUUCAUCCAUCUUGAUUUGUGCAAAUGCAGGUAAAAGUAUGUCGAGUAACACGCACAACCAUUCUGACUUGCUCAGUUGCCACAAACAUGGACGCAAGAGUGAAUACAGACACACACACAUUCAUACACAAACACUUAAAAAAGUAGAAAAAUUUAAAAAGUCAACUUAUUAACCUAGUUUUAAACCCUAUAACGUCUUAGGUAAAGGUUACUGCUUGAAUGAUAGAGCAUUACUUCAUGUAGCUGAUUAAAACGGUCUAAACUGGUGGUUCUGAAAGUAGGGUCCAUGACCCACAGCCAAAAAAACCAUUGAUAAAUUUCCUUUAAAUUUUUUAAAAUAUGUUCUAAUCUUAAAAAUCGGAUAUUUACAAAUGGAGACUAUUUAUCCAACAAAUCAAGUAUACUGUGUCCUUUAAUCACACCCGUUAUCUUUGGACCAGUCGAAACUGACACAGAUAUGUAUCAAAAAAUAUUAGAUUUUAUGUUUUAUAAUGUUGACAUAUAAUGUUGACAUGUACAAGUACAAAUGGUAGUAAGCAUGCGGAUUGCCAGUGUUGGAAUUAUGAGCAGGACCCUGUAAAAUGUUCUUGCCUGUAACUUCAGGAAUACACCGAGCCUGCUGGUGUCGUGUUCCAGGUCUGAAGCUGAGCUCGCCCACUCAAGACAACACUUGUGAAUCCACCUGACAGGCCGCAGCACGUCCCAGAACCUGCUCUGUGUCUUGAGUUAUUUUUUUAUGGAAGCUGUGUUCAGAUGCACAGAGCAGAUGAGGUGGACAGGAAGUCAGACCCCGGAACAGCAAAGGUGUCUUGUCAAUUUUGAAACAGUGCUGGGUGGUUGCUGGUUGUAAUUUAAUUUAUGUGAAUAUUUCAAAUAGGCCUAUACCAGUGAACAGGCACACUUAGUGUGGCUUUUGAAAGGGUUUGGAUGUGCACUGCUUCGGAGUGGAUUGAGAUGGGGUCUCAAUUAACUUUUCAAACUCAUGGUUACCACUGUGUGUAAGGGCCACUGAAGGUUUAAUUAAAACAAAUUAAGAGGCUGGGUGAGGGGGGAGUAAAAUUCCUGAGCAAAAAAGCUGGGAAUUUGCAGUCUCUUCCAUUCUGAUCCAGGUCUCGCUACCAUCUUGUAAUCCUUCCCUUUCACUCUUGCUGCUAUCCUUCUGUCACAAAUCACCCCAGACACUCGUCUCCACCCGCUCCACCCUGCUUGCACUCUCUUCUUCACCUCUCUUGUGCUGUUCCUUUGGAUGGUUGACCCCAGGUAUUUAAACUCACCCACCUUGACUACCUUUACUCCUUGCAUCUUCAACCUUCCCACUUGCCUCCUUCUCAUUCACACACAUGUAUUCUGCCUUGUUUGUUCUGACUUUCAUUUCCACCCCUCUUGAACCAAUGUCACUCCUACUGCACACCUCACCGCUGUCUCGCUGUGCUCAUACAUGUAGGUUAAGAAGAGAGGUGACGACAUGAAAAUGUUUUAUAUUUAUACGCCAGACAGAAGAUAAUGCCAUUAAUAUAUAAAGAAUUGAUCAUACAGAAAAAAUUCUGAUAAUACUAAUAGUAAUAAUACAGUUGAAUACAGACAAACAGACAGAAUCUUAACAAAUACAGCAAUGUACAAAUUUGUGGUCAUACCGCCCAGCACUAUUUUAGAAAUUAAACACCUUAUGCAGACCAAAUCAAAAGCUCCUGACCCCCCCUUCCCAUCAGUUUGUUAGCCAAUGCAUGAGAAAUGGUCACUGGUGUAUUCCUGGGGUAAAAGGCUCCCUGUCCCCAAACAAGUUUAAUAGCCCCGCUUCCAAAUGAUAUCACAGUAAUUGUCUCCACCUGUGCAGCCCAUCCAUAUCUCACGUCACACACACAGCACGCACACCCAUGCACCUUUAUUUUUAUACAACAUGUACAAAGCACUUUUAAGAGUUUUAACUUCGUCCAACCGACUGAAUUUUACAGGACUGUGUAUUUCCUUGUUUUCUGCCACUGCCUCUUCUUUGUUCGUUUGAAUGGUCCUCACUGUCACCAUGGUGAAGGUGGGCGAGGGGUUCAUUCCUGAAGCAUGUCAGCGAUGAGUUUACUUGCUUAGGUGGCUCGGACCACCAGACGGGAUCGUUCUGUAUUGUUUGCACCAGUGCCAAAGAAAUUCAGGCAUUUUUAAAUCAGAAAAGAAAGUGAUGUUUAUGAGCUGCAUUUACAUUUAUUAUGACCUCCUUUUGGAAAACCACAGUCUCCAUUUGUGCGAGAUGUAAUUAUUUUUUAAAGGCAGAGGCUGAGCGCUUUGUGAGUCUUCUGCCCGUUUGUUGUGUAUAAAAGCCAUCCAAUGUGCAUUGUUUUACACUGACAUGCCCACAGUGCGCACAUAUAUAGAUAUAGGCCGAUAUGUGGCAGCACUGAAAAGUAGGUGGGUAGCCACUUAUUAAUGCUGUUUGUAAUUAUUUGUCUUUGGGCCCCAAAUGCAUAAAAUUUAGGGGUGGGACUUUAACGCGUUAAUUUCGAUUAAUUAAUUACGGGGAAAUUAACGAAUUAAACAUUUUAACGCAUUUUAAUCGCACUUUGCACCGUGGAACGUUUCUCAGUGCACGAGUUCCAGGCAUACAGAUUAUAUCGACGCACGAUGUCAAAAAUUCAGGGGCCGCAUCGUUCAAAGGACCCGGCCUACGUAGACCUCGCAGCCCACGAAGACCCCAAAGGCCGGAAGUGAGCAGCUAGCCUUCAUAUCAGCGUCACCUGCCCUCACCUCUGCCUAGCUCAUGUCGCCUAGCAACCGUGAGUGCGAAGCACAGCUGUGUA